UAAACUAGGGGAGAGACAGUAAGGAGGAAGAAGGAAGGGGGAAAUAGGUGAGAAGGAUGUGGUUCAGAUGAGGAGGGCGGAGUUAAGAAAGCACAGGAGGUGGAAACUAGACAAACAGAGAGCAGCAAAUUGAUCCCCUGAGCCGGAGAGAUCACCUGAGAAAAACAAGACGGUGAGGAUCGGAACAGUGAAGCUGUAGUCAGCUGAGCUCAGGAGAGGAAGGUGUCUAACUGUGUGAAGGAUGGAAGCAGGACCCUGCAAUAACAGGACCUAACUUCUUAUUUAUUUUCUUUGAGUGACAAGAAUUCAUUGAAGGAUUUGAGGAUGUCUUCAGUAUCAGACGCAGAGCACGGCUGCAAGCAUGGAGACACCAUCUGUGAGAUCCGUGUGUAUGAGCAGGAGGUGAUCGUGGUGCCCAUCUUCCUGCUGGCCAGCUUCUUGGUCACACUGGUCUUCAUUCUGCUGCUGCGCUACUGCCCAGAGAGGGUUGAUCGAAUCCGCCCACAUACCUCAAAAUCCACUCCCAGGAGAGUGCUGCACGGCAUCGAUGCUCCCCCAGGUAUCAAUGUCUUGGAGCAUGAAAGCAUCGCCUUAGAUAUGCCCAACACCUACUCCACCUUCCAGCCCCCGAGAAACUACAUCACCAAAACCAUCUCUACUGGCGUGAGCAAUCCUGCGCUCAAAUCCAGCCCCCCAACCAGCCCCCCACCGCAGCCCUACGUGCCCAGUUUCACUCCUGUUGUCCAGCCCAGAGAGCUCCCCCGCCAGCGGCUGCCAGAGUCCUUCAACCUGGUCAGCCCUCUGACCGGUACCUUCUCCCUGCGCUCUGACACAUCUCUGUCGCUCUGCCGGGCUCGCAUGGAAAACAGGAAUGUGGUACUGCGGGUGCUAAAUGACUCAGCUGAUGCCACAGAGAGACACAACUUUCUGGGCUUUGCAUCUUUCCUGACCCAGCUUGGACCUCAUCCGUUCCUGCCAGAACUCCUCGGUGUGGUCUCACUCAGAGCGCCGCUGGUCACAGUAGUGGAGGAACUGGAAAACAGAGACCUGCUCAGCUUCUUGUGGCAAUGCAGACAGGACCGCGUGGAUUCUCCAUGUGAAAUGACGGAAAGACGAAUAUUCACCAUGGCCAACCAAGUAGCUUCUGCAUUGGAGUUCCUUCACAAGAAAGACGUCCUCCAUGGAAACAUUCGGGCCCGCAGCGUGCUGGUCAGUAAGGAGUUCACAGCCAAGCUCUGGGGCCUGCAUGGAGUUUACACCCGGAAGAACACGGGAGCUACUCAGAAGGACAAUCCCAGCAUGAAGAAGUGGCAGGCACCAGAGCUGCUGGUCAAGAGGCCCGCCAGUCAGAGCAGCGACAUCUGGUCCUUUGGGAUCUUACUGUAUGAAAUGGCAUCUUUGGGUGACGCUCCAUUUGCAGAGAUUCCAGUUAAUGAACUCCUGCAGUUUCAUCAAAGAGGAAAAAGCCUGAAAAAACAUCCCAACUGCUCCAACGCACUAAAUGCCCUCAUUAAAGCUUGCUGUCAGUGGAAGGACCAAGACCGGCCCUCCCUGGCUGAGCUGAGUCGAAAACUCGUUUCGGGAGAGAAGAGCGCCCCUGACAAAGUUCUCAAGGCAUCUGGGAAAAUCAACAUUGAGCAGUACCUGCAGGAGGCAGGAUACGGAGAAACCAGCAAUUACACUGUUUUUUGAUAAUUCCCUGGAAGAAAAACAACCACAAACAAUUGCACUAGCUUCUGGAUCCUCAAUGGUUCAUUUUUACAAACUGAUUCCAGGUGCAGUAUGGAUCCAAAGCACUUUCGGGAUUGAAAUGUUUCCAUUUGUAAAUUAUUCCCCUUUACAUUUAUGCAGCAGGUGGGGAUACAGUUCUGUUACUAAAUCUUGGGAACCCAGUAAUAUUUACAUUCAGGCAUCUCUUUCUUUGAGCAUUACCGAGGCUUUGAGUAAGCAGAAGUAGUUAUCUUUUUGCAACACACCAAGAUAAUGCAAACCUGAACAGAGAACAGCUGCCGCAGCCUAAAUCUGUGACUGAUGCUGUCCUUGCAUGAUGCUUUGCAAAUCUUCUUUCAAAAGGCCAAAGUAUGUAAACUGAUGUGAAAUACUGUUUAUCUAUGAAUAUUUGGUUUUCUUUUUUUAAAUAACGCAAUAUCAGGCAGAGUUCUUGAAGUCAAAGUUACCUUUUAAGUCAUUAAGGCUGUUAUAUCAGCAUGAAACGUGUUUACUCUGGAAGGUCAGUUCAGAUGGAUGUCUGUGAGCAGAACAUUAGCUCAAAUUGUUUACAUUAACUCGAAUCGGAAUUUAAAAAAACAAAAACAAAAAAAAAAGCCAAAGCUGAAGAACUUUUUUUUUUUUUUUUACUUUCAACUUGAUGUCCUGAGAAAUAAACACGCGAGUCCAGUAAAAAGUACUUUUCAUUGACAGUACUGCAUACAUGUAAGGAGUACUUCCUUCCAGCCCUUGAGAAAGUAAACCAUGAGGAAGGCCACUUCUCAGGUAGUUCAGUUGAUUAAAGCUACUCAAAGUGUCCCAUGAAAAAAUAAUUCUGUACUAUAAAAUAGAAAAGAUACAAAACUAAAGUUUUAACUGUUUAAAAAUAACUAAUAAAAAAAAUAUCA